AUGAACACGAAAUCUCAUGUAGUAGUAAUUGGCGGCUCAUUUGCCGGCAUAAAAGCCACAGAAGUUAUUCUAAGCACGAAUAAAGACGUUCAGGUCACAAUGAUAUCUGCUUCUUCCCACGCAUACUUUAACGUCGCCGCCCCGCGCGCACUAGUAGAGCCCAAGAUCGCUGAACAGCUCUUUUAUCCCGUGAAAGACAAAUUGAAGAAGCUUGCUCCCGGUAAAGCGUCGUUUAUUUUAGGAACUGUUAAGGAUAUUAAAUUUGAAGACAAUACGGUGGUCUAUGAAGAAAGCGCCGGAGUUGAACAUUCAGUUGCCUACGACUACUUGGUUGUUGCGUCUGGCACCAAGAGCCACUCUGCGGCUUUCAAGCUGGAGGGUGAUUAUCACUUGACGAAAGAUGCGGUGCUAGAUCUGCACGCCAAGAUCAAAAAUGCUGAAAACAUCAUUAUUAUUGGCGGCGGUGCCACCGCUGUCGAAGUCGCUGGUGAGCUUGGCGAAACCUAUGGGACUAAGAAGAAAAUCUCGCUCUAUGCAGGGUCCAGCGGCCCCUUGAAGAGCUGGCUUCCCAAGGUUUCUGACGCCGCUACUAAGCAAUUAGAAAGUCUUAAUAUUACCGUCGUCAACAAUGUUAAAUACUCUUCAAUGGAAGACGCUGAGGAUGGGAAAACCAAGGUAAUUUUUGACAACGGAGAAUCCCAAAUUGUUGAUUUGGCCAUACCAGCUUUUGGAGUUAUCCCGAAUUCCGACUUUAUCGAUGUAAAGUUCCUUGACGGCCAGGGAUACUUGGUCGUGGACGAAAACUUGACAGUGAAGCAAUACCCUAAUGUUUUAGGUUUUGGUGACAUUGUUUCGGGGCGUCCAUGCACUAUUGUAGAUCUUGAGCAAAUUCAAGUAUCAACGUUCCAGUCAACUGUCAAAUCCGUGAUAUUUGGGGACAAUGGGAAGAAGAAGCCCCUCAAAAAGAGCCCAGAGUUAGGGUUGGUUCCUGUAUCAAGGAAUGGCGGAGUAGGCGUUCUAUUCGGCUGGAGGGUACCUUCUUUCCUUGUUCGGUUUAUCAAGUCUAAAGACUUCAUGGUAUCACGCGGAGCGAAGUCGUUUGCAUAG